AUGGGGUGGGUAGGUGUUGGAACCAUCAUUGCAACCGCGGGCUACGCCCUCUACCACUAUCCUCCUCGCAGCUGGACCAAGUCAGGCUCGCCCACCCCUCCGGAACCCAUCUCCGACGAGACACCUCCCUCCCCCGCGAAUGAGCUUGCCCCGGCAAAGCAUGGCGCAGACCCUCCCACCCCUCCAUCGAUAGAUACAGAGAAAGACGAGGCUCAGACCACGCCCAAGGCGUUGGCGUCAAGCGCCCCACCCCUGGUCCUGGCGGUGCCCGCGCUGAACUUGGCCGAAGAAAAAGACACAAGCGACGACUCCCCUCCCAGCCGAGUCGCAGCAGAACAAUCAUCCCGCCAGCAGAGAAUGAUUGGACCGGCACAGAAACCAGCGCCGUCGCCAUCCCUUGCAACCGCACCAAUCCCCCCACCGCAACAGCCCUCGUCGGCGCCUCCUCCGUCCUCCGCACGCUCAUCUUCCCUGAUGCCCCCGCCACCAGUUCCGCGCCUCCGUCCCACGGCACAAUCCAAUGGAGCCUCCCCAACAGGCCAGCUCCAGCCGCCACGCCCCAGCGCCGGCAGCUCACUGCGUCCGCCGCCCUCCGCCGCCUCGGGGCUGCGCGUGCCGCCCAGCAGCAGCAGUCAACUGAGCAGCAGCACGCUAGCCCCAACAGCAGUCAAGAAACCGUCAGCGAGCUCGCGCAAAGUCAUCCUCGGACCGGGAUACUCGCCACUAGACUGGGCAGCGCGCGCAGCCAAGCCGAACAACAUGCUGCGCGGCGCGGGGCUCCCACCAGGCCUGCUGCGCGUGACGCCGUCCAUGCUGAAGACGCAGAACGGGCGCAAGGGCCGCGACGCCUGGACCUCGUAUCUUGGGAAGGUCUACAAUAUCUCGCCCUAUGCGCCGUAUCAUCCCGGCGGCAAGGGUGAGCUUCUCCGUGGCGCGGGCAAGGACUCGGCGCAGCUGUUCCAGGAGAUUCAUCCCUGGGUGAACUGGGAUGGGAUUCUCUCGGAGUGUCUGGUUGGGAUAUUGGUUUCGGAGAACGAUGCACUUGCGGAGAACAAUGCUCUGGAUGCGAUGGAUUGA